AUGUGUUGUACCUGGCAGGGAAUGGAAAAUUUUAUCAACAAGGCCUUUCUUCACAUCGAGGUGAUUGGUCUGCACGUGGCCGAGGGUCACUACGAUCUUGUUGGACCAAAUGGUGACAUUAUUCUUCCUGAGGCCUGGGAGAGUAUUAUUGAGCCAGAUUGGUCUGUAACAAUGCACAUGUGGCCAAUACCUGAAAAUUCAGAAACAGAAAAAGAUGAAAAUACGCCGCCCCUCGACGCAAUACGAAAGGAAGAGCCCCAGAGCACUACGAGAAAUAUUUGGCAACAUCUGCCAAAAUGGUCAAGUUUGGGGGUUUGA